ACUGGAGCUGGGACCGGAACUGGAGCUGGGACCGGAACUGGAGCUGGGACCGGAGGUGGAGGUGGAACUGGAACUGGAACUGGGACCGGCACCGGAACUGGUAGUGGAAGUGGAGCUGGAAACGGGGGAGGGAGGGGAAGUGGAAGUGGAAGUGGAGGCGGCAGCCCCAAUGGAAGUAGCAAUACAGCGACCACCACGCCUGCAUCGUCACCGGCAGCCUCCCAAAGCUCCCCUUCGUCACUUCCGGGAGGUACAUCACUCAUCAUUAACAAUAGUACCGUCAAUCAGUUCAAUUCUAACGGUGGAGGACCGCCCGUAAACGUCCAAGGCGCUCCGGUAGUUCAGUCUUCAUCUUUGACGGGCAAUUCCAAAAUGCAGUCCACGGGUGCGCCCACCGCCGGUCUCCAAGGCUCGAGUACAUCCACUGGUGCCGGAAGCUCCCCGAGUGAUGCUACUCCCACUCUUGCCACUGGAGCUGCGACUUCUUCGCACCAGCUGUCCUCAGGCGCAAUUGCAGGAAUCGUUGUCGUAUGCCUUCUAUUCCUGAUCGGUUUCAUCGUGCUCUUCGUACGGCGUCGCUCCAUUGCUCGCCGUCUUCAGCACCGCAAACAAUGGUGGCUCGGCAGAAAUACCACAUCAGAUAGUUUCUCUAUCGUAGGAGGCAGUGUGGGAGACUCUCAAAGUACGGGGUCACCUAUCCUGAACAGGGCGAGUGCUCGCAGCAGCUUUGCUACCAACUUUGAUCAAGGACUCAUGUUCCGCAUUGAUUCCCCGACGCCACUGCUCAACCUUGAUCUCGCCGCAUUCGGGACAAUUCCCGAGUUCCCUCCCAUGGCGGAAGUGCGCGAGCGCACCUCGAUCUUGUUCCCUUCUGCUAGUGCUGUUGCUCGUAGGGAGUCUAUAAAUAGCAUGAUGAGCAACGGCAGCGACCCCGACACUCAGUACCUCAUUGUAGGAAAUGAUCUCAAUCCUCCCGGACUAUCUAGUCCCAUGUCCGUCCGUCCAUUUUCUCCGUCAGAAUCCUUCGCGUUCCCCAAGCCACCCCCAUGCCCCAAUGAGGGGCGGUGUCCUUCGUCCGUCUCUGUUAUUAGUGGCCACGGCCUCCUUUCCCCCUCGUCAUCCGGUGCUACCCUCGUCCAGAUUCACUCUCCUCCCCCCAUAUUCAAUUCUGAUUUACUGCCCUCCGCUCCCGCUGCCUCCUACCUGCCACCUAGUGCUUCUUUGACAAUUGUUCCUGGCACAUCUUCCGACCCCUUUGCUGACCCUGCCGAGUUCGAGACCAUCCGUCGCCGAUUCACCCCUACUCUGGAUGAUGAAAUGUCUGUCGCCCCAGGUGAUCAAGUCCUCGUUAUGAAAGUCUUCGACGACGGCUGGGCGCUCGUCGAGAAGCAGUGCGGAUUCUUGGAUCAUAACGAGAAGGGUCUCAUUCCCGUGGACUGCUUGCGCGAAGCCGGCCAGGCCCUCCCUGCAUUCCUAGCUCAAAAGCGGGUGAGCAGCUAUGGAGCUGAUCCGAAUAAAGUGGCCCAGAUGUUGGCGGGUAGCUUCCAUGCGUUUUGAAUGACAAAGACUUAAUUGUGAUACCAGCAUUAUUAGAGAUUUAUGAUAUCCGUCAUGCCAAUCUCCACUUUCUUGCAUUGUUAGAAAGAUCUAUAUAUUAUAUCUUGGUCACCUGAUGCCUCAUCCUGUUAUCUCUGCUCCUGCACGGUUCCAUAAAAUCGUCGUCUAUACCACUUCUUUCAUUUAUUUCAUUGUUUUAUUUAUGCAUAUGUUGCUCGUUUAACUUGGCCCCUCUGUACUUCGCUGACCCCCCUUUCCUGGAGACAUUUAUGUUGCAUUACAUCGCACAUGCCGGAUCCUCCAUACUUUAGAUACCUUGUUCUUGCUACUCUCUGUUAACCUGGAUUGUACUGUUGGACUCUUGAUUUACACACUUCUGCAAUGCUUCAACAGUUUUAAGAGUU